AGGCGCUCUGCUUCUCGUUUGUCGGCGUGCCCUGCGACCAGAAGCGGAGUGGGGAGGACUAAGAGCGGCGGGGCGAGGGCGGCCGGCGGCCCGGACCCUGCUGCUGCCCCCCCUCCUCCCCACUCGGAAGAAGAAGAAGCAACGGCUGCGGAGAGCGGAUAUGUCCGACAACGGCUUCGACCGGGCUCCCGGCGCUGGUCGAGGCCGAGGGGGUGGUGCCCCAUUAGCCCCAGAAAGCGGGGCUCGCUUGGGGAGCGGCGGCGGCGGCGGCGGCACUUUCGGGACUCCCGAGCAGCUCCUGAAGCAGGGCUUCGCGCGUCCUCAGGAGCCUCUCCGGCCGCCCAAGACGGCGCCUCCGGGCACCAACGCCGCCUCAGAGCCAGCAAGACCUUCAUCGUUACCAGAAAAAAAUAAUCCAGGCUCAGCAGUAACUAAACCUCAUGUGGUUGUGGCUCCAGUGGUAAUGUCAAAGCUGUCAGUAAAUGCUCCUGAAUUUUACCCAUCAGGAUACACCCAAAAUCACACUGGAUCUUCUUUAGAAGAUGACUAUGCUGGAUAUCCAACUUCAACAGAAUAUGUGCAGGAUUUUCUGAAUCAUCUUGCAGAGCAACCAGCCUGUUUUGAAACUGAAAUAGCACAUUUUGCAGAAAUUCUAAAUGGUUGUGUGACUACAUACGAAGCUUUACAAGAACUUGUUGAACUCAUAUAUCAACAGGCUACAUCUGUCCCCAAUUUUUCCUAUAUCGGGGCACGGCUAUGCAAUUAUCUCUCUCAUCACCUCACGAUUAAUCCACAAAAUGACAACUUUAGAAAAUUACUCCUUUCCAGGUGUCAAAAAGAAUUUGAAAAUAGAGAUGGAGCUGCCAAAGGGGAUGAUGCUGUAAGGAAAAGAUUUCAUGCAUUUGUGCUGUUUUUGGCUGAACUUUAUCUAAAUCUAGAGGUAAAAGGAAGUAAAGGACUAGUAACUCGAGCUGACAUUCUUCAAACUGGACUUCAUGAGCUAUUAAAUACCCUUUUUUCAAAUCCUCUGGACAGCAAUUUAAUUUGUGCAGUAAAACUAUUGAAGUUGACAGGAUCUGUCCUUGAAGAUGCAUGGAAAGAAAAAGGAAGUACUUAUAUGGAUAAUAUAAUACAGAAAAUUGAAAAUGUUGUCUUAGAUGCAAAUUGCAGCAGAGAUGUAAAGCAAAUGCUAUUAAAAUUAGUAGAACUGCGGUCAAGUAAUUGGGGAAGGGUACAUAUUGCUUCAACAUACAGGGAAGCAACUCCAGAAAACGAUCCUAACUACUUCAUGAAUGAACCAACAUUUUACACAUCAGAGGGUGUGCCUUUCACUGCAGCAGAUCCAGAUUACCAAGAGAAAUAUCAAGAACUUCUUGAAAGGCAAGAUUUGUUUCAAGGAUAUGAAGAAAAUGGAACAGGAGCUGGAGACCAAUACUAUGAUGAUGAUGACGAUGAUGAAAAAGAUGAUGAGAUGGAUCCAGAAAUUGAAGAAGCGUUUGAAAAAUUUUGCUUAGAAUCUGAACGCAAGAGGAAACAAUAAGUUUUACAUAAAGUUUGUUUUUUGAAAAAAAUAAAACAGCAUAGAAUGGACAAUAAGGAAACAAAUGGAAAAUCCUGCAAUCCAUAUCAAAGGAAAUUAAGUUUUUCCAAGUAUGCAAUUUCCCUCUUGUUAAACAGAAUCUGCCAAAAAGAAGCAAUUGUAAAGUGAAAUUCUUUAUCUUGAAUAAUAUGUAAAUAUUAUAGUUUAUUUUAUGUACAGUUAAAUAAGCAGUGUUUUUGCUGUAACAAAUUUAUUUGGCGCGUCGCAUUAAUCUAAAAGUUCAAGUUAGAUUAAAUUUGUAUUAAAAAUUCACACUUUUCUGAAGUAAAAUCCUUUCAAUAGUAAUGCAUUUUGACUUGCUUUUGGAAUGGAUUUGUACAUUCUUUCCUUUGGAUAGCUUGUAGCAUUCACCCCACAUUUUUAGGCUCAUGAAGUUGCCAAAUUAUUUACUUAAUAUUUUACAAAUCAUUAAAAUUGUAACCAGCCAAGGACAAUUUGGAGCUGGGCACAAAAAUUGAAUUUUCAAACAGUUACAUUGUCAAUUAAUGUUUCAGUUCAUCAAAUCUGUCUUCAACAUUACUGUGUUUUAGAUGUCAUAUUGGUCAUCUUCUGAAGUAUGGUUUUAGAUGAUCAGAAAUGUGUCAUGUUUAUUCCUUUACCCACUUUCAUAUUAAUACUUCCUGAUUUAGCCAUUGUUUAUUGUCAGACAAAACAAUGAUUAAUGCUAAUCAGGAUUACUUUAAAAUGUUGGUUUAAAAAUCUGGUUCAUCAGGUAAAGGAGAAGAUUGCAAAGUCUCCCAAAAUGGUUUAGGAUGCUUUCUAAAUCCUGAUCCACAGAUAGCAGCCUAGAAAUUCUGACCUUUGCUCAUGUUUGCAGAGAAUAAUUAAUUUUUUACACCAGCAACAUUGGGCCCUAAGUUGAGGACUUGCUGUUUUAGAGGUUUCAAAAUAGAAUAUGUCUGAAUUCAGCCAUUUCUGUUGAUUUUCACUUUGAAAUUUUAAAGAAGCUAUUUUUUUAGUUCGAAGUUCAUAAUUUGUGUCUUUGAAAUGCAUACUAAAAAGAAAGCACUCGUGUCUCUUUUUAGUUUCCAUCACAUUUAACAAGUAAAUUGUUUACAAAGAAAUUUGUCUACUGAUUAUGUCUUCCCUUUAAAUCAUCUGGGUUUUUUUCUCUCUAAAAUUGUGUCCAGAAUACUUUUAACAUUUUAUUCACUAUUUUAUAUUACCUAGAAUCUUAUUUCCUAACACCAAAUGUGUUGAACUUCCUGAGCAGUAGGCUAAAUAACUUAUAUAAAGACAUAAGUUGUAAAUAUGUAUGUAAAUAGUGCUGUUUAAUAUUGCACUGUUAUAACUUGGUACAAUUUGUGUCUGUUAAAUGAGUUAGUAUAAAAUUACAUCUUCUGGUUGUUUAGCAUUUAGUUAACACCAUAUUUUGCAAAAAAUAAAAAUAAACAGUUUGUUGUUGUUGGAUA